AUGGAGCUUGCACAUCGUAGAUGGAUGUGUAAUCGAACUUAUCCUAAUCGUAGUGGGUUGAGGGAGGAAUUUAUAGAGGGGGUUGCCGAAUUCAUGGCUAAAACAAAAACACUUCAUGAAUUUCUCAGUGAAGGGGUGAUUAGUGAGGGUAGUCCAUCAGCAGAGAAUAAUGCUGAAAAUUCUCGAUUCAGUGAAAUGGUUAGGGAUGCUUUUGUGAUGCACCCGGGGGCUCAGUCUGAACCAAAUGAUGAUGCUAGGCGUUUCUAUGAACAGUUAGAGGAAGCAAGUCGUCCAUUGUAUAAAGGCUCAAUGCAUUCUAAGUUGUCUGUCGCAGUUAGAUUAUUAAGUAUUAAAUCAGAUUCAAGUAUUUCUCAAGCAGGCAUGGACUCUAUCAUUAGCCUUAUGAAUGAACUUAAUCCGAAUAAAAUUGACCUGCCCAAAGAUUUCUACACAACAAAGAAAUUGGUUUCUAAGUUAGGACUUUCAUCAGAGAGGAUUGAUUGUUGUGAGAAAGGUUGUAUGUUAUUCUAUAAGGAUGAUGCAGCCUUAGAAAAUUGCAAAUUUUGCAACCAACCUCGUUAUAAGAAAGCCAUAAAUUCAAAAAAGAAGAAGGUUCCUGUUAAGGCGAUGCAUUACUUACCCCUUAUACCUAGGUUAAAGAGGCCACCUGGUAUUUUGUGUCAUCCGUCAGAUGGAGAAGCAUGGAAGCAUUUUGAUAGGUUGUUUCCGAAUUCUGCUAGUGAACCUAGAAAUAUUAGGUUGGGUUUAUGUGCAGACGGAUUCACCCCUUUUUCUGUCUCUGCUACACCAUAUUCAUGUUGGCCAAUGUUUGUUACGCCGUAUAAUCUUCCUCCUGAGUUGUGUAUGACAAGUCCAUAUUUGUUCCUAACUUGCAUUGUUCCAGGUCCGCGCAAUCCGAAAAGUUUGAUUGAUGUAUACAUGCAACCUUUAAUUGAUGAGUUAAAGUUAUUGUGGCAUGAAGGUGUGGAAACAUAUGAUAUAUCAACUAAACAAAACUUCAGAUUGCAUGCUGCUUUGAUAUGGACUAUAAAUGAUUUCCCUGCUUAUGGAAUGUUGUCCGGGUGGUCGAUUGCAGGAAAGUUAGCUUGCCCAACUUGUAUGGAAGAAACAAAAGCAUUCACGUUGAAACAUGGAGGAAAGAAUACAUGGUUUGACUGCCAUCGUCGAUUCUUGCCUAUGGAUCAUCAGUUUAGGAGAAAUACUAGUGCAUCUAUGAAGAACCAAACUGAUUUUGAGGAGCCACCGUCACCAUUGUCGCCAGAAGAAAUUUGGAACAGAGUUAGGUUUCUACCAAAGGUAACAGAGUCUCUAAUGUCUAAUAAAAUACCUGGUUAUGGUGUUACGCAUAAUUGGACUAAACAGAGCAUAUUUUGGGAGUUAUCUUAUUGGAGGCAUAAUCUUCUUCGGCAUAAUUUAGAUGUCAUGCAUAUUGAGAAAAACUUUUUUGACAACUUGUUUAAUACAAUAAUGGAUGUCAAUAAUAAGACAAAAGAUAACUUGAAGGCUAGGAUGGACUUAAAGGAAUAUUGUAGGCGAAGUGAGUUGUACCUGACAUACUUGAACAACAAGAUUCAGAAGCCCAAGGCCAGUUACACAUUCACUUUGGAUGAGAGAAGAGAGAUUUGUGAUUGGGUUAAGAAUUUGAGGAUGCCUGAUGGAUAUGCAUCAAACUUAUCCAGGCCAAAUCGACAUGAUGAUGGAGGUGUUAGUGAUCCUUUGGCACCACCAUUUUCCAUAUUCAAUCAACCAGGUAGAGGUCCAAAAACUAGUAAAACGCGAAAUUUGACUGAGAUGGAGAAAAAGUCCGCUACAACACAUGUAUUGUUGAAUUGUCCAGAGGCCCAACCUUAUUAUAAUUACUUUAUAGGUGUAAAUGGGCAUGAUGCUAUUUAUCCAAGAUUUUCAGAGUGGUUUCGGGAGUUUGUUCAUAAUCCGGUGAAUGGAAUUAAUGACCCAUUUUUGCGUGAUAUUACUUGGGGACCUGACCAUAAAGUCAAAAUAAUGUCUAAGUACUUUGUCAAUGGAUACAAAUUUCAUACAAAAGAAUGGUCUAAGAAUAAGAAAACUAAUAAUAGUGGGGUAUGGGUAAAGAGUGAUGGAGAUGUUGAUUAUUAUGGUGUGCUCCAAGAGAUUUUAGAACUAGAGUAUUUCGGUUGGCCGAGAAAAAAGUUGGUACUCUUUCGGUGUAAGUGA